GCCUUGUCGGUACUCGCAACCGGAUGAAGGAGCAGAAGGACCACAUGAUUCUCAUGUCGAAAACCAUAAGCACAGCUGAAAUAUUUGAUGCUGAGUUUCCUUUUUCCUCACGCAUGUGGCGUAGCCAAGCGCGCGGAGGGAAGCGGCGACUUAAGUAAACGCAAGUUCUUUUCAGUAUUUUUUCUACGUCGUAAGUUGAAUCGCACCUACUCCUGAAAGAUGGCUUUAACAGGCGCCCCCACUUCAGGCACGGGCCCGAACGGCGGCGGUGCUCGUAAGCCUCCUGCUUCGUUUCAUGCGAAUGCUAGAACGUUGGACGCGCCGGAUUUGCUACUCAAGUUUGACAUGGAGCAGAUUUACCAUCGAACGUCCGGUACCCCACUGCGUUUUCCGACCUGGUUUGCGACCAUGAGUGAGGGGGCGAAGCAAAUCGAAAUGAACCAGGGCUGUUCCGGCUACGGCUACAGCAUUUUCCAGCAGCAGAACGGCACGGUCGAGUACUUCAAGCCGCUGAAUGCGAAGGAGAAGGAAAUUUUGUUCCGCGAGCGGCCAGUUGUAGGGGUUGGGCCACAAUUAACGGAGGGCGUCGAACACAAAGGAGGAGAUGUCGCUGGUGGUGCUGGACCGGUAAAUCUAUUUUAGUUCUUUGGUGUUUCUAACUUCAUUUGAUAGCGGUUUUCAACUCGGAAUCGUACUUAAAGAAACUCCUGCUGACAGGGCAUUGGUUGCGAGAAGUCUUAUUGUUAUUACACCGAGUAGUAGUGGCGCAAACAGGAUUUUCAUUUUUAUUUUCUGCUUGAGAAUACACAAUGAAUUUCAAUUGCAUGGUAUUGUCACAGGACUCCUCUCGUCCAUCUGCAUCUUCGGAGGCCAAAAAGGAGAACCUCUUUUCCUUGCAGGACAAGAUCAACCAGCCGACGAGCAAAAACGUCCCCUUCAUUCCUCCGCUGAGUCUGACCCAAGUGCAAACUGACUCGAACACGCAGACAGCGACGGCCGCCGGAGCCGAAGCCACCGCGGCGCCGCGACCUUCGAGUAAGACCACGCCCUUCGUUCCGCCACUGAGGCUUGAUCAGGUGAAGGAGGGGACAAGCGUAGCGCCUGUUGCAAAACAAGCCAAAGCCAAGGCAAAAAACAGUGCGAAACCCGGCGCGAAGGGAAAGGAUGCAACGAAGAAUGUCCAGUCCGAAAUCCCUGAACACAUGGACGUGCUACGGCAUGAUCAUUUCAGGACCCGGCUCACAGAGCUGAGAAUGAAGAACCAGCAGGUGAAAAAUGCCAAGGCGGAGACCAAAGCGAAGCGCGAGGCCGAGGAAGCCACCAAGUUGCGGCGCCAGGCCGAGCGCACUUUUGGCCCGGCCUGCAUCUCCAACCCGGAGGCGGGGACGAUUCUUGCGGGCAUCGAAAACAGCAUCGACUUGAACCCCAGCGAGAAGCAGCAGCUCCAGCAGCUGCAGGUGAAGCACCUAUGCGAGAAAAAGAAGCUGUUUCGCGCGCAAAAGUUCAUCCCGAUGGAAUUCCGCGACUUUCUGCAGGAGAUUUCCAAGAAGGGGGAGAAGUUCGACCAGUUCUAUUGCUUUUGGAAGAAUUUCAUCACGACCAACAAGGCCUACAUCAAUUUCAGCAACUACGACUGGAACAAAACCCACGACAACAUCAACUUCGACCCGAAACACCAAAACGACCACAUCAGUUCCCCGAAAAAAGCGAAGGAAGAAGCAGCCGUGGCUGCGAAGGCGGACGGAAAUGGGGUAAAGGAUGCGUCGAACAAGGGCGAAAAAACUGAGGAAAAGAAAGAAGACUCCUCUACUUCAAAACCGGAAUCCAACUUCACAGAGGCGAAUUUAGCAAAAAUUCGUAACCGCCAGAACGAGUUGGGAAACGUCCUCCGCUGUGAGCGGAUGCAGCAAGGGCAGAAGUACUGGACGAAUUUGUUUCAGCCCGAGGCGGAUGGGGGCUGCGGCACCAAGACGAUCGUGUACGGCGCAGCUGCUAGUAGCAAUGGUGGACAAGCGAAGAAAAAGAACGGCGUUUCUUCUGCUAAAACUCCUGUUGCGGUCGUCUCGCCGCCGUGGUGGAGCCCGCGGCUCGAUGCGCCCCGCGCGAUCACCUGGAAGGACGAGAGCGAGAAGGAUAUCAAAUGUAAAAAUGUCUGGGUCUGGAAGAUUGCCAGGUUUGUCAUGCACAUUUUGCAUGACUCCUGAUGUCUGUGAUGCAUGCUCUAGCGUGACAGAUUUUGUGAGGGCUUCCUGAUGCCUAUACCGCAUGACAAAUGCUCUUUCCGUGUAGCAAAACUUGGACUCUCUUUGUCUUUGCUGCUCAUGCAAUACAGAUUUUUUCAGAAUCUAAAAUCAGCAUGACAAGCUGAAUUCUUCCAGACCCAGCCAUUUUUACAGUUGAUAAAGGAUGUAGAGAAGCAAAUGAAAGAACUGUUCUACUACGACGAAGCGCUGAUGACGGAGUGGUUCUGGUGGAAGCACCACCUGGAGGAGCCGGCUUCACCCGAGUUGCUGAAGACGAGUUUGGCCGAAGUGGCGAAAAACAAAGCGGCUGCGGCGGCAUUGAGUGCCCAAUCCCAAGCGCAAGCGGUUACGGUGCUGUCCACGUCCUCUUCUGCAGUGGCGACAGACACUACCACGGCAGUGCCGGCGCCGCAAAUCGGUGGAAAACCGCCGUUGAUCCUCCCGAUGCAAAUCAAUCUUCUUCACAUGCCACCUGGCAUUACCACCCCGAACAUAUUGAACGCAGUGAGUCUCGCCGGAGUGCAAUUGCAACAGCAGCAGCCGCUUCUUCAGCUGCAAGUCCCGACAAUUUCCAGCGCAAUCGCAGCAGCUCCGGAAAACAUCAAAGUCAAAAGCAAAGAUGAAGCGGCUUCGUUAUCCUCUUCGAAAAAAGAGCUCUCUGCAUCUUCCGCGCAAAACCACGGCAAUUCUGACGCCGUCGCGCAAGCGUCGUCAACAUCGGGAUUGAUGCAAAACAGCACGGCUGGCGAAGGAGCGGAGACUACAACUGCAAACAAGGGCUCGAAAGAAAAAACUUCGUCUUCCGACACUGGAGCUCAAAGCAAAGUUGAUUUGCAUAUCAAGACCACAGAAGAUGCAGCAGCAGCUCCUGGAUUAGCACCGGGGGCCGAGCAGGAACAAGAACCGUCGAAGAACCUUAUUAACAACCCCGAUUUCCGCGACGGCACUCCGGACGCUGGUCCCGUCGUGACUCAGAACAUCUUUUCUUCCUCUUCCCUUGGCGCUCCGCCGCAGCGCAAGCCGAAUCCCGACGCUUUCAAAGUCUCGACUGAAGACAAACCCGCGGGGGACCACAUAGAGUUUCGGCACCCGAGCGGUGUGCCAGUGAAGGAGCCAGGUAGUUUUCGUCCGAACUACGAUCUGGCGAAAAAAAUCCGGUACAUCGACGAAAUCGAGUACGAUGAUAUUUUUCUCGGCAACGAAAACUAUGCAGAGGACGAUGACGAGGACACGGAGACUCUGCAAAAGACACAACCAGAACUGCAUCUCGAAGGCCGUGUUGAAGUGAAGAUGUCGCCCAUGAGGGGCAUCAAAGAAGUCGGCGACGUUUUCCACUUUGGUGACGGUCUCGGUGCUAUGGAAAAGAAUGCAGGAGCAUUCUACAAAGGGGACAAAAUUAUUGCGCAGAGUGUUCCGCAUCCUCCGCGUCUGGGGAUCACCAAUCUGAAAUUGCCAAUCCCUGGUGGUGACGCCGCCGGAACAAACAACCGAGGACCACACGUCAACAACAUCGGAGCCGCUACCCCAAGCACACCAGCAACCAAUGGUCGCCAGUCAGUGUUUCAGCUGAAAAACCUUUACUACGAGUUGCCAACAUCUACCGUGGGAGGCUUACUUUCCCCCUCCCCAGCCAAAUCAUCCGCCGCACCUUUGCUCCGGAGUUCGAUCAGUGCGAAAAAUUUGAAUUUCGAGCCGCCGCGGUUCGGGGGUUCUUUGCUGAGAAACGGUAGCUUGGCCGGUUGUUCUCCGCUGCGUGAACGACGAAGCACUUUUCACGUCGGAACCCCUGGUGUCGCCGGCUUGGCGUCUUCGUCCUCCUUGCGCUCGCCAUUCCAGCAAUUUCGGAAUGAUCUUUCCACGAGCAAUAAACGCUGCGCCUUCACACCGGCUUCGCGUUCGCGGGGGGUCUUUAACGGUGCAGCUGGUGCUCCCAGUAGCGGUUUCUCUCCUGCCCCCGCAGCAGGACUUCAAUCGACAGCAGGGAACCAGACCAACGUCGGGCACAAUAUCAACCGCCUCAACGACCAGCAGCAAAAUCUCUCCUUCAUGUCUGUUAGUCCGGAAAAGAAAGUUGCGGCAGGUGAUGCCUUGGCAUCGUCGGAAACAUCCUCUGCCUGGUGGUCGGGUUUCAGUCCGGCGCCGCGGGUUGUGAAAACCGGGAAGCAGAACGAAAAUCAAGCUGUUGUGUUUGUUGGAGCUCCAGUUGGAAAUACCACCACCAACAAAAAAGAAGACGGCGUUGGAAGCAACAUGGCUGGUUGCGCCAAUAUUGCAGGAGCGUCCACGUGCGGCCCGCAGUCAACAGCCGCGGCUCCGCAAACCACCAAUCAGGUUCUGGGUCCCUGUCCGGGGCGAAAAGCGAAGCACCUGCAGCCGCCGCCGGUGCCGAAGCUAGCGGCGCAAGGCGCAGCUGGGCCGGAGAAACAGGUGAGAGAGCUCCUUGCGGAUGGGAGCAAGAAUGUUUCGACAGCUGCUGCAGGGGAGUCGUCGGCCCCGUCACUGAUUCCAUCGAAGAAUGUGGAUGCGACUUCCAUCUCCACACCCAGGUCGGACAUGGCGAUAGUGUAGACGGGAGAUGAAAACAAGACGAAAAAAGUCUAGGACGUGUCAGCCUAGAAUGUUGCGGGAACGAGAAAUGAGCACAAAAAAGUGAAAUAGACGUCAAGUACGAGCACGACUUUCACUUUCAUCCGGUGUCUUGAUCGACGUACUUACUUAUGUAUUUACGUACUCGAUGAAAAUAAACGAGUUGCAGUGUCAGGACGUAACCUGAGAAGUUACGUAGUUUUUCGUUAUACUUUCUUUCACUUUCGUUCUCGAGCGAGAUUGUCUGCCCAUAUCGUUUCGCGUUUUUUAUACAACUUGAUAGGAUUUUUAUCACAACACUCUUCUGCGAAUGAACAUGUACAAAACGAAUUUAUUCGGCUUGUUCCGAAAUAGUUACGUUUCUAACCAGCACUUUGCUCAGCAAUUAUGAACGUUGAAUUAUCAGUUGCAGUCAGACGGCGACGUGGACGUCGACGCACCACGAAUAGUUUUCUCCAGGCAAUACAACAUCUACUGAAAAACAAAAGCAGCUAUUAUAGCGAUUUUGAAACUACCACAGGAUCUUCUAUCUCGUCCUCUUGCAGCUUUCCUUGACAGAUCAAAGCGCACGGCGGACAUUAUCACUUGUUUCUUGAUGAAGAGCAAGAGGCUCGGUUUAAUUUGAGACAAACUAGGACGACGCUUUUAUAGAUAUUUGGACAGAGUAGAGUCUUCGCAAAAAUAAUCGCAGCCUUACGCUUACAGUUUGUGUUUCUAGCUAGCAGUGUUAAAGUUUCUGAAUGUAUUGCGUCAAACCAUGUAUAAUAUGAAUUCAACGGAAAUUUAGGGAUUUCGUUUGUUCUGAUUCUUGGCACAUCGAGCAAUACGAUGUUAUGACGAGCAAAAAUGCAACAAAUUGAAAUUGUACACCA